AUGCCGAACAUUAGGCCCCUGUCUGCCGAGUUGGCAAAGAAAGCCGCCGACGAGCUAUUUGAAAACCCGAAACGACUGGAUGAAGAUCUGGCCGCGCUGCGGACGUGGCUGGCAAAAUGCCCUCACAUCAAGGCACGGACGGACGAUCAGUUCUUGAUGACGUUUCUGCGCGGCUCGAAGCACAGUCUUGAGAGGGCGAAGGAGAAGCUUGAUAUGUACUACUCGGUUCGGACGUCCAUGCCGGAACUGAUGCGCAAUCGUGAUCCUGAGGAGGCCAAGAUUAAGGAGCUGAUCGAGUUGGGAUCACUGAUACCGCUACCAAACACAGUAACCCCGGAUGGCCCGAGAAUCAUUCUAGUUCGACCCGGAGUGUACGACCCUAGUAAAUACACGAUUAAAGAGGUGUUCAAGUACAACACCAUGGUGGCCGAUAUUAUGAUG